AGAAUACUUUGCGAGGCCGUUGACAACACGUCAAAAAUGGCAGAUUCAGCACCUAGUAAAAGUGAUAUUGAGGAAAUUUUUAAAAGAUUAAGAGCUAUUCCAACAAAUAAGACAUGCUUCGAUUGCAAUGCAAAAAAUCCAGCAUGGUCCAGUGUAACUUACGGUGUCUUCUUAUGCAUCGACUGCUCUGCAGUCCAUCGAGGAUUAGGAGUUCAUUUGACAUUUGUUCGAUCCACUCAACUUGAUACAAAUUGGACUUGGUUACAACUGAGAAACAUGCAAUUGGGAGGAAAUGCAAAUGCUAGGAAAUAUUUUGCACAACACAAUUGCACAACAAUGGAUGCUCAGCAGAAAUAUAAUUCACGUGCUGCUAUGCAGUACAGAGAAAAAUUGGCUCAAGCAUCUGCUCAAGCAAUGCGACGCUAUGGAACAAAGGUUUUUCUUCCUUCAACAAAAAAUAAAAGAAUGCUACAUUUAGAUGAUGGUCCAACAUCCACAGCUGAAGAACAUGGUGAAAUUGAUUUCUUUAAAGAACAUGAAAACUCUGAAUUACAUCAUAAUGAGUCUUUAGUACAUGAUGAGGCAAAUUUAAUAUCUCUCAGUAAUUCCGUAUCACAUAAUGAAAAUGUAGAUAAAAAUAAUCAAAAGGAUAUGCCAGAUAUUACAGCUAAUUCUUUAGGACCAAGUGUAAAAUUAUCCGAUUCUACCUCAAGUUUAAUAUCUGAAAGGAAACCUACUAUAGGAGGCAGAAAAGCUCAAGCCAAACGUCCUGGUUUAGGAAGAAAAGGUUUGGGUGCCCAAAGGGUUAAAACAAAUUUUGACGAAUUAGAGAAAAGUGUCGUCGAAGCUAGUAAAGAAUCACAGGAGAAGGAUCACCAAGAAACCGCAGAGAAGGAAAAGGAAGAAAUUGCUACCCGCCUUGCUUAUCGUUACGAACAGAAUUUAAGUCAACAAGCUAAGAAAGUAGAAGAGAGAGCAAAACAAUUAGAUCCUUCUAAAGCAACGCAAGCUGAACGUCUUGGUAUGGGAUUUAACACGCGAAGUGGUGCAAGUCAUUCUGCACUUGGUGACAUGCAGACAAUAACUCAAGAAACAUCAUCAAAAACUAUAACUGCUUCUGAACCAAAAGUCAGAGUUAUGGAUUUUGAGCGAGAUCUUUUUAUUCGUUUAGACGAAUAUUAUGCGGCCUUAUCAAUCCCGGACAGUAGUAACAAUAAUAAUAAACCUCGCAACGAGGAAGUAGUUGUUAUUGCAGAACCAGAACCGCCAAAACGGACGACUCCUUUAAGCAAAGCAAAUAGUAGUAAGAAUGAUAGUAAAGUAUCCGAAGGAGGAGAAGCACAAAAGAAGUUUGGUAGUGCCAAGGCUAUUAGUUCAGAUCAGUAUUUUCAGGAUAGCAAAAAUGACGAUUCUUGGGAACGUAAAAGUAAUUUACAACGUUUCGAAGGUUCUUCUAGUAUUUCUUCAGCUGAUUAUUUUGGCACAGGAAGUUCGACGGCUACAUCCCCUACGUCUUCUUUGUCAAUGCGUCUUAGUGGUGGAGGAGGUGGGGUUGUGGAUUUAGAUGAUGUUAAAGAAAGUGUACGUCAAGGAGUAAAUAAGGUCGCAGAUAGAUUAAGUUCUCUUGCUAAUGCGGCUGUUUCUUCUCUACUAGAUCGCUAUGAGGUUUGAAUGAAAACUUACGCAUUUUAUUAAGAUUGUUACUAAACUUAUAUCUGGACAUUUCUCGUCCAUUGUUCGAAAUUGUAAAUAAAAACUUAUAAUUCA